CGUCCACAUUCAGAACCCGACUGACAAACAGGAAGUACUACAGGAGUACUACUACGGUGAGAGUAUACGCAGUACUUGUACCUCGUCUCAGUGAAGUCAUCAGAGAGUCAUCAGAGAGGCUUCUGUGUGUUUUUACGACCUUUGAUCAGAACAAACAUGGCGUCCGUCAGCAGAGAGACGAGAAGACUCUUCUUCCUUCCAUUUCUCAUCAUCGCCGCUAUCCCAGCAUGCACUGGGCUUCCUGGAGGCGGCGGCGUGUUGGUGAGCAGACCCGAGGCCAGCGUCUUCCUGCAUCGUACUCGCCGGGCUAACUUGUGGUUUGAGGAGCUGCGUAGCGGCGACCUGGAGCGGGAGUGUCGGGAGGAGAAGUGCUCGUACGAGGAGGCCAAGGAGAUCUUCGCUCUGCCUCAGCAGCUGGAGGUGUUCUGGAGGCUCUACACAGCGGUGGACCACUGCCUGUCGUCUCCCUGUAAGAACGGAGCCACCUGUACUCGCCAGGUGGACACCUACGUCUGUAAAUGUCCCCCUGGUUUCCACGGACACACCUGUGACAAAGCUCGUCUGACGUCCCGCGGCUGUCGCUAUAGAAACGGAGGAUGUGAACAUUUCUGCAAAGAGUUCCCGGAUCGCUCUCACGUCUGUUUCUGUGCUCCGGGGUACCGUCUGCACCAGGACGCCGGCGCCUGUGUGCCCGAAGACGCUGUGGCCUGUGGAAGACCUCAGAUCCACUUUGCCCCGAGGGUUGUCAACGGGGUGAUCUGCCCUAAAGGACACUGUCCGUGGCAGGCGCUGCUAACUGAACGUAACGUUUUCAUCUGCGGAGCGAUCGUCCUGUCCGAUCGGUGGGUUUUAACUGCUGCUCACUGCGUCUGGGGGAAACUUGCCGCCGUCUUAAACGUCACGGUCGGUGAACACGACCUCAACGAGAACGACCGGACUGAGCAGAAGCGGCGGGUGGUGAAGGUGCUGAUCCACCGCGGCUACAACAAGACCAGCUCCGACAGCGACAUCGCCAUGCUGAGGCUGCACCGCCCGGUCAAACUGGGACCCUACGUGGUUCCCAUCUGCCUUCCCGCUCGGAACAGCUCCUUCAGCCGAACCCUGGCGGCCAUCCGCCACUCCACCGUGUCCGGUUGGGGGCGCCUGUCGCGGUUCGGUCCCGCCGCCGGGAUCCUCCAGCGGCUGGUGCUGCCGAGAGUCCCGCAGCAGGAGUGCCGCCUCCACACCAAGCUGAACAUCACCAGGAACAUGCUCUGCGCCGGGCUGAAGACCGGCGGCCAGGACGCCUGCAGGGGCGACAGCGGCGGCCCUCUGGUGACGCGCUACAAGAAGACCUGGUUCCUGACGGGCGUGGUGAGCUGGGGGAAGGGCUGCGCCAACGAAAACCUGUACGGGGUCUACACCAGAGUCAGCAACUUCCUGGACUGGAUCCAGGACAUCAUGUCCACCGUCUGAGAUGUUCAGGUCCAAACCCAGAAGAAGUUAUUACUCAACCGGAGAGUUCAUAACCUGUACUAAUACAGAUAUACAGAUGUGUAAUACAGCUAUACAGAUGUGUAAUACAGAUAUACAGAUGUGUAAUACAGAUAUACAGAUGUGUAAUACAGAUGCUGCUGAUUGGGUAAUUUGUCAACAAAUAAAAGAUGAAGACAAACUGAA